AUCCUAAUGAGAAUUCAGCAGCCUCCAACAUACCCGAGCAAUUGUCUCGCCUUCCUAAAUCCCCUAACCACAGCAAAAGACCCCCAACCCGCGAAAGUCCCCCUAAACAUCAUAGACGUAGCGCCGGCCUAGGCGGACUCGUAAUAGCAAUCGCAAUCGCAACUUUAGGCUAUAAAGUCACAGUCUAUAAGCAAACUAAAGAUCUAAAGGAAGUCGGCGUAGGCAACU